CUUAGAUCUAGACAUCCAGAUUCUAGAUCUAGAAUCAUUCUAAGAAUGGACGUUGAAUCAGCAAUAGAAGAAUCCAUUCGACGCAUUAUUUCUCAACAUGACAUAAAUGUCAUCACCAAAAGGAUGGUGAGGAGCAUUUACAUGUGGCACAGCGGCGCAGAGUCCCUGACCCAGCACGAGUCUGACGUGAUCAACAAAGUUUUGAACAACAUUGUCAUAACUCUGGCCCACUCCCAGGGCAUUGACCCCACUCACAGCAGUCUGUUGGAGACUUACACCAAGGAAUAUAGGGGUGGCAGCCACAAGUCCUCUAAUGAUGGCAGCCAAAAGUCCUCUAAUGAUGGCAGCCAAAAGUCCUCUAGUCAUGUACAAACACCUCCAGAUUACUUAAUGAAGGUUAAAAAUAAUGUGCCUUGUGGCCAAGCUGAACAGCUGCAUAAAAAGAACUUAACCUUUGACCUUAAAGAGGAGUCAGCCAAUCCAGGCAUGUUAGAGGAGUCAGCCAAUCCAGGCAUGUUAGAGGAGUCAGCCAAUCAAACUGAUGAAUCUGAUGUGUCAGACUGUUGUACUCACAAGAACAACGCAGGUGCUAAGACCUGUCAGAAUAAAUCUAGUAACAAAAGCAGACACUUCCAAGAUAUCUUUGAAAACAUUUCAAUAUUGGCCACACCAGAUGCUGCCAUGGGUAAACCAGAAAGGGUUGAUAUUUCUACGACAGAAGUGGCUACCUCAGCAAACUGGAGCGGGCCCAGUGGUCCAUUCAAUAAGAGAAGUUGCUGCAGAACUUUGUUUCACUCCCCUGCUUACAAGAACUCUUCAGUCUACAAAUGUGCUGAGGUCAAUAGUUCACGUGCUGGUCAUCCAAUGGCUGCUAUACCCUGUUCACAUUUUUAUAAAUCUCUCUGGCCAGGAUCACCUAGAGCAGACCACAUAGAGGUCAACCAGUCUCUGGCAGGUGGCAGCACUGGACAGGUCAACUCCCAGGACAAACUGGAGGAUCAUUCUCACAACAAAUCUUCUCAGUCUACUCAGUCUUUCAAAUUUGAACCAAAAAAGAAAUUGUCACCUCAAAAUAUGGCUAAUGUGAGCAUUAAAAACCCAAACUCAGAUUAUCAAAACAAUGCAAGUCUGCCAGUUACUUGCGCUAAAAGCUUGCCAAAAAAGGAAGUUAGAAUUCAAGUCAUACCAACUCGUGCCACAGAUGUUUUGACCAUUAAAAGACUGUCUCCAGUGAUUGAGGAACCUGUCAAAAAGCUGAAAUUAUCCUCCCAUAAAAAAGAGUGUUCAGAUUUCAACACCAGUGCGACUAUUUGUGGGAGGGGCACCAACGGGGGAGCCCGCUGGGUUCACAUCAAGGUAGUCCCAGAAAAUGACAAAAGUGUUUCACAAAUCUGUGACGCCACUUUAAAGAACUUUGAUUUGUCUAUUUUAAGCCAGCAAUGCUGAUUUAAUCUAACACAGAUUUUUAAAAAUGAUGUAAAAUGGUUGGAAUGUCGAUGUAGGCACAGUUUGUAGCUAAUGUUUUCUGUCAACGUAACAUACAGAUUAGCGCAGGGUUCUGGUUGGCGUACAGGUGGGUGCAUGUUAAAUUUCCUUGAAAUGUGCCAGAUUUCUCUGACUCUGCAGGUCAAACCAUUCACCUCUCCAGCAGAAAGCCAAUUUGGUAUGAGUGCCUUCCCCUGUUUGUUGUGGUGUUGUUAAUGUAUGUUUGUCUUGGGUUCCUUUUGUUAGUGUCAAACUGUCAUUCAUUUUCUUGUCAUGAACAGAAGGACAUGAGCACAAAAUUUGUGUGAAAUAGUUUUGAUAUCAUCAAAACACUGGUAGCUGUGCUGUUCUAUUCUAUAAGGCACAUUAAAUGUUUUCAGACAUGCUGACACAAUUAAGUUUAAUGAGACUACCUGUUAUUGGUAUAGUUUUUGUUCAAAAUGUUUUUUUUUUUAAUAAUGGGGGGAGGGUGUCUCAUUACAAAACAUUUUAUAAACAGGUGUAAGAUGCUCAUGUGUCAAGGGUUGACACUGUGAUCCUGUUGAUUUUUUUCUUAUUGAUGACAAACAAAUUUGUCUGUCUGUGCCUUUGUUCAUUUAAACUCAAUGUUUAUGAAUAAAUCAAACAGUUGAUGUGAUUUGUCGAGUCAUUUAAAUGCCAUGUGAUUUAGUUCUGAUCAGAUUAGAAUCAAGUUGUCAUUUCAAUUUGUUAUCAUAUUGAAACAUUGAUUGUCUUCCUUGAUUUCACUAACACUGGUUUGUUGUUUAGUAACAUCAAUAAAUAUUUCAGUUCCAGACCUGUCUAAAAUUAAAAAUUAUUU